AUGGCAAAACUUCUUCGGAAAGAAAAUCUACAUGGUUCAAGUCUGUCAAGUAGUUCCCAAUACAGUGUAUUAAGCCCCUACUUUACUACAACAACCACAACAUCGAAUACUUCUACGACCACGUCUACCACUUCCACAACAACUCCCACUAUUACAACAUCAAUUACAUCUACUACCAUAACUCCACCAACUACAAAUACAUCAACUACUUCUACUACCACACCUACCACUACAACAACAACUCCAACAACUAUGAGUACGACUACUACUACUACUACCAUCACUCCUACCACUACCACAACAACUCCAACAUCUACAAGUACAACAUCAACUACUACUACCACUCCUACCACUACCACAACAACUCCAACAUCUACAAGUACAACAUCAACUACUACUACCACUCCUACCACUACCACAACAACUCCAACAUCUACAAGUACAACAUCAACUACUACUACCACUCCUACCUCUACAAUAACAACUCCAACAUCUACAAGUACAACAUCAACUACUACUACCACUCCUACCACUACCACAACAACUCCGACAACUACAAGUACAACAUCAACUACUACUACCACUCCUACCUCUACCACAACAACUCCAACAACUACAAGUACAACAUCAACAACUACUACCACUCCUACCACUACCACAACAACUCCAACAUCUACAAGUACAACAUCAACUACUACCACCACUCCUACCACUACCUCAACAACUCCAAUAUCUACAAGUACAACAUCAACUACUACUACCACUCCUACCACUACCACAACAACUCCAACAUCUACAAGUACAACAUCAACUACUACAAUUACCACAUCUACCACUACUCCACCAACUCCGACAACUACAAGUACAACAUCAACAACAUCCACUUCAACACCUACUACUACCACACCAACGACUUCAACUACAACAACGCCUGCUACAACAACCACAAGCUCAACACCUAGCACAACUUCUCCCUCUCCCACCACUACUACUCUGACAACAGCAGAAACUACAGCAAGAUUCGCUUCUUCUUCUAGUUCUUCCUUCAGUGGUUCAAGUUCAAGUCUGUCAAGUAGUUCCCAAUACAGUGUAUUAAGCUCCUACUUUACUACAACAACCACAAAAUCAAAUACUUCUACAACCACGUCUACCACUUCCAUAACAACUCCCACAAUUACAACAUCAAUUUCAUCUACUACCACAACUCCACCAACUACAAAUACAUCAACUACUUCUACUACCACACCUACCACUACAACAACAACUCCAACAACUAUGAGUACGACUACUACUACUACUACUACCACUCCUACCACUACCACAACAACUCCAACAUCGACAAUACAACAUCACAAUCCACUCCAACUCCACUACUACCACGUCCCACGAACUUCAACUACCAUAACGCCUGCUACAACAACCACAAGCUCAACACCUAGGACAACUUCUCCCUCUCCCACCACUACUACUCUGACAACAGCAGAAACUACAACAAGAUUCGCUUCUUCUUCUAGUUCUUCCUUUAGUGGUUCAAUGCAUAGAGAAAGAACAUGUAUUAAGCCCCUACUUUACUACAACAACCACAACAUCAAAUACUUCUACAACCACGUCUACCACUUCCACAACAACUCCCACAAUUACAACAUCAAUUUCAUCUACUACCACAACUCCACCAACUACAAAUACAUCAACUACUUCUACUACCACACCUACCACUACAACAACAACUCCAACAACUAUGAGUACGACUACUACUGCUACUACCACCACUCCUACCACUACCACAACAACUCCAACAUCUACAAGUACAACAUCAACUACUACUACCACUCCUACCACUACCACAACAAACCGUCACCAUCCACCUAUGACCUAACCACUAAUACCACUCCACACCACUUCAACUACAAUACUACAACUACUACCACUACCACUACAACAACUCCUCACUACAAUACAACAUCAACUACUACUACCACUCCUACCACUACCACAACAACUCCAACAUCUACAAGUACAACAUCAACUACUACAACUACCACAUCUACCACUACUCCACCAACUCCGACAACUACAAGUACAACAUCAACAACAUCCACUCCAACACCUACUACUACCACAUCAACGACUUCAACUACAACAACGCCUGAUACAACACCCACAAGCUCAACACCUAGAACAACUUCUCCCUCUCCCACCCCUACUACUCUGACAACAGCAGAAACUACAAGAUUCACUUCUUCUUCUAGUUCUUCCUUUAGUGGUUCAAGUUCAAGUUUGUCAAGUAGUUCCCGCUACAGUGUUUUAAGUUCUAUCACUACUUCAACAACAGCAAAAACCACGACAAUGUCAACAACUACAAGCACACCACCAACUACAUCCACUACUACACCUACUACUACCACAACAACUCCAACUACAAUAACAACAACUACUACCUCCACUACCACACCUACCACUACCACAACAACUCCAACAACUACAAGCACAUCAACUACAUCUACUACCCCUACUACAACAACCACAACUCCAACAACUACAACCACAACAUCAUCUACAUCCACUACCACACCUACCAGUACCACAGCAACUCCUACAACUACCACAACAACACCAGCAACUACAAGCACAUCAACUACAUCCACUACCACAACAAAACCAACAACUACUACCACUACCACACCUACCACUACCACAACAACUCCAACAACUACAACCACAACAUCAUCUACAUCUACUACCACACCUACCACCACCACAACAACCUCAACAACUACAAGAACAUCAACUACAUCCACUACCCCUACUACAACUACCACAACUCCAACAACUACAACCACAACAUCAUCUUCAUCUACUACCACACCUACCACUACCACAACAACACCAGCAACUACAAGCACAACAUCAACUAUAUCCACUACCACAACAAAACCAUCAACUACCACCUCCACGACCACACCUGCCACUACCACAACGUCCCCAACGACUACAAGCACAUCAACUAAAUCUACUACUAUUCCUACAACACCAGAAACUACAAGAUUCACUUCUUCAUCUAGUUCUUCAUUCAGUAGUUCAAGUUCAAGUUUGUCAAGUAGUUCCCGCUACAGUGUUUUAAGUUCUAUCACUACUUCAACAACAGCAAAAACCACGACAACACCAGCAACUACAAGCAAAACAUCAACUACAUCCACUACUACACCUACUACUACCACCACAACAACUCCAACUACAAUAACAACAACUACUACCUCCACUACCACACCUACCACUACCACAACAACCCCAACUUCUACAAGCACAUCAACUACAUCUACUACCCCUACUACAACUACCACAACUCCAACAACUACAACCACAACAUCAUCUACAUCCACUACCACACCUACCACUACCACAACAACUCCUACAACUACCACAACAACACCAGCAACUACAAGCACAACAUCAACUACAUCCACUACCACAACAAAACCAACAACUACUACCACUACCACACCUACCACUACCACAACAACUCCAACAACUACAACCACAACAUCAUCUACAUCAACUACCACACCUACCACCACCACAACAACCUCAACAACUACAAGAACAUCAACUACAUCCACUACCCCUACUACUACAACUACCACGACUCCAACCACUACAACCACAACAUCAUCUACAUCUACUACCACACCUAUCACUACCACAACAACUCCUACAACUACCACAACAAGACCAACAACUACUACCUCCACGACCACACGUGCCACUACCACAACAACCCCAAAAACUACAAGAUUCACUUCUUCAUCUAGUUCUUCAUUCAGUAGUUCAAGUUCAAGUUUCUCAAGUAGUUCCCGCUACAGUGUUUUAAGUUCUAUCACUACUUCAACAACAGCAAAAACCACAACAACACCAGCAACUACAAGCACAACAUCAACUACAUCCACUACUACACCUACUACUACCACCACAACAACUCCAACUACAAUAACAACUACUACCUCCACUACCACACCUACCACUACCACAACAACCCCAACUUCUACAAGCACAUCAACUACAUCUACUACCCCUACUACAACUACCACAACUCCAACAACUACAACCACAACAUCAUCUACAUCCACUACCACACCUACCACUACCACAACAACUCCUACAACUACCACAACAACACCAGCAACUACAAGCACAACAUCAACUACAUCCACUACCACAACAAAACCAACAACUACUACCACUACCACACCUACCACUACCACAACAACUCCAACAACUACAACCACAACAUCAUCUACAUCUACUACCACACCUACCACCACCACAACAACCUCAACAACUACAAGAACAUCAACUACAUCCACUACCCCUACUACAACUACCACGACUCCAACAACUACAACCACAACAUCUACAUCUACUAUCACACCUACCACUACCACAACAACUCCCACAACAACACCAGCAACUACAAGCACAACAUCAACUACAUCUACUACCACAACAAGACCAACAACUACUACCUCCACGACCACACCUGCCACUACCACAACAACCCCAAAAACUACAAGAUUCACUUCAUCUAGUUCUUCAUUCAGUAGUUCAAAACCAACUCCUCAACCCCUACAUCCGACAAACAUCAUCCUACAAUCCCUACCAAUCAACCUACCACUAACCACAACAACUCCUAUAGAAACUACACAACAACACCAGCAACUACCAAGCACCAACAUCCAACUACAUCCAUACCCAACGAAACCAAAACAACUACUCAACAACAAACAUCACCACACUCACACCACACCCCAAAAACAACACACUACCACUAACACCAGCCACUACAAGCCAACAACAAAAUCACUACAUCACACCACACAACCAACUACUAAUCACACCCCACUACCACACCUAAACCACUACACAUACAACUCCAACAAUACUCCACCAACACAACCAUCACAUCCAAGAACAAUCAAACUACAGUACCACCAAAACACAAACUACCACACUACCACACCACCAACAACAACAUCAACACUACAACACGAACUACCACACCUACACACCCACAACACCCAACAAAUACAUCAACACAAUACUACCUCUACUACAACUACCACAACUCCAACAACUACAACCACAACAUCAUCUACAUCCACAACCAAACCUACCACUACCACAACAACCCCAACUUCUACAAGCACAUCAACAACAACUACUACCCCUACUACAACUACCACAACCCCAACAAUUACAACCACAACAUCAUCUACAUCCACAACCACACCUACCACUACCACAACAACUCCUACAACUACCACAACAACACCAGCAACUACAAGCACAACAUCAACUACAUCUACUACCACAACAAGACCAACAACUACUACCUCCACGACCACACCUGCCACUACCACAACAACCCCAAAAACUACAAGAUUCACUUCUUCAUCUAGUUCUUCAUUCAGUAGUUCAAUCGAAUACAAACCCCUCGCCUCCCAAACUAACAACAUCACAACAACAAACCCACUCCAAACAACUGCCAACCAAAAACGGUCCAACAUCAAAAACACCUCUUUACUACAAAACCUACCAACCACUCCAACUAGUACUAGUACAUCAACAACAACAACACCAACUACAACCACUACCACUCCAACUAGUACUAGUACAUCAACAACACCAACUACAACAACCACUCAUACUACUACUACAACCCCUACAACCAGUACUAGUACAUCAACAACCACUCCAACCACCACCAAAACCUCAACAUCAACAACAACCACUCCAGCCACAACUACAACAUCAACUACAACAACUCCAGUCACAACUACAACAUCAACGACAACAACUCCAGCUACAACUACAACAUCAACUACAACAACUUCAACCACUACUACAACCAAGCCUACAACUACAACCUCACCUUACUACAGCAGUUCCAGCUCUUCCUACAGUUUCAUAAGUUCCAGCAACAGUGUGUCAAGUAGUUCUGUCUAUAGUCUAUCGAGUCCUAUAGAAACUACAACAACUCCUACCACCACUACAUCAUCAACAAAAACAACCACACCAACUACAAUUACAACUUCAACAGCAACCUCUCCAACCACUACAACAUCAACAACAACAAGCACUCCAACCAGUACUACAUCAACAAAAACCACAUCAACUACAACAACACCAACUACAACUACGACAUCAACAACAACCACAUCAACUACAACAUCCACAACAUCUACUCCUGCCACUACUACAUCGUCAACAACAACAAGCACUCCAACCAGUUCUACUACAUCAACAACAACCACACCAACUACAACUACAACAUCAACAACAACACCAACUACAACUACAACAUCAACAACAACCACACCAACUACAACAUCCACAACAUCUACUCCUACCACUACUACAUCGUCAACAACAACAAGCACUCCAACCAGCACUACUACAUCAACCACAACCACACCAACUACAACAACAACAUCAACAACAUCUACUCCAACCACUACAUCAUCAACAACAACAAGCACUCCAACCAGUACUACUACAUCAACAAAAACUACACCAACUACAACAACAACAUCAACAACACCAACUACAACUUCGACAUCAACAACUACUACAACUAAAACAUCAACAACAUCCACUCCAACCACUACUACAUCGUCAACAACAAUAACCACACCAACUACAACUACGACAUCAACAACAACCACACCAACUACAACAUCAACUGCUACAACUUCAACCACUAUUAUAACCAAGCCUACAACUACAACCUCGCCUUACUACAGUAGUUCCAGCUCAUCCUACAGUUUCAUCAGUUCAAGCAACAGUGUAUCAAGUAGUUCUGUCUAUAGUCUAUCAAGUCCUAAAGAAACUACAACAACUCCAAAGACAACUACAACUACAACCCCUCCUACCACCACUACAUCAACAACAAGAACAACCACACCAACUACAACUUCAACAACAACCUCUCCAACCACUACAACAUCAUCAACAACAACAAGCACUCCAACCAGUACUACUACAUCAACAACAACCACACCAACUACAACUACAACUACAACAACACCAACAACAACUACUACAUCAACAACAACCACACCAACUACAACGUCAACAACAACAUCUCCAAACCACCACUACUCUCAAACAACAACUAGGUACUCCAACUAGUAAUCUACUACAUCAAACAACAACCCCACACCUAACACUACAACUUCAACAACAACACCAACUACAACUAGAACAUCAACAACAACCACACCAACUACAACUACAACUUCAACAACAACACCAACUACAACUACUACAUCAACAACAACCACACCAACUACAACGUCAACAACAACAUCUCCAACCACUACUACAUCAUCAACAACAACUAGUACUCCAACUAGUACUACUACAUCAACAACAACCACACCAACUACAACUACAACUUCAACAACAACAACUACAACUAGAACAUCACAACAACCACAACCUACAACAUCAACAACAACAUCUCCAACCACUACUACAAUCAUCACAACACUAAACAUCAACAACAACCACACCAACUACAACUACAACUUCAACAACAACACCAACUACAACUACUAUAUCAACAACAUCCACACCAACCACUACUACAUCAACAACAACCAUACCAACUACAACCACAACAUCAACAACAACCACUCCAGCAACAACUUCAACUACUACUACAACCAAGCCUACAACUACAACCUCGCCUUACUACAGCAGUUCCAGCUCUUCCUACAGUUUCAUCAGCUCCAAAACUACAACAACUCCAAAGACAACUACCACUACAACCCCUCCUACCACCACUACAUCAACAACAAGAGCAACCACACCGACUACAACAACAACGUCAACAACAACCUCUCCAACCACUACAUCAUCAACAACAACAAGCACUCCAACCAGUACUACUACAUCAACAACAACCACACCAACUACAACAACAACAUCAACAACAUCUACUCCAACCACUACAUCAUCAACAACAACAAGCACUCCAACCAGUACUACUAUAACAACAAAAACUACACCAACUACAACAACAACAUCAACAACACCAACUACAACUUCGACAUCAACAACUACUACAACUAA